AUGUUUUAUAGAGAUCUCUUCGUUUGGUUUCGUCACCGGGCGGCGAAAGGUGAAAUCCUCUUCUCCCGACGUUAUUAUAAUGCCGGUAAGUUCCUCGCUCAACGCGUAAUCCCAUAUCUCACAUUAUCUGAGCCUCGGAGUAUAUUCCGGUACUUGAUCGGAGCGGCGGUUAUGAUGAUCGGCGUCGUGUUACCGGUUGGUUACAUGAUGUUCCGCAACAAGCGCGUCCCCUCCUCGUCUUCCUACUCUAAACGCUUGUUUAGGGUAUUAUUAUGUAGAGGAAGGUUUGCUUGCUAGUCAAGUAACUCUGAGAGUUUUAUCAUCCUCAACGAUUGUUACUAACAGUCUUGGCUUUUACUUUUCAGGAACAAAGUUUUGAUUUUUGACUAGGAUGAUGAUGACAUAUUGAUAUCUACGAUUGUGUAAAAGUCAUAAACCUAAGAAAAUGUUGAUUUUCUUCUUGGUUAGGUUAUAUUCGAGAUCUGUUAUGUAACACAACCUCUUGUCUUUGGUGGAAAG